AUGCCAGGUCGUCGAGCGCAGAUACGAGUAGCAGAAGAAAGUCAGGGCGGGCGAAGCGGAAACCUGAACUCUUUUCGUCGACUGCCUAUACCUCGAGUCGCCCAUCGCAGGGUGGCAGAACGACCAAGCGGAAGCGCGCCGCACAGCAGGGAAGACGGGGAUGAGGACGAGAACGACGCGUCGGAUGGAGGAGAAGGCGGGGCUGAGGCCGUAGAAGAACGGGAAGAAGAGGAGGAGGAUGAGGAGGAUGAGGAGGAUGAGGAGGAAGACGAACAGGAAGACAGUGAGAGCGAUGUACCCGACGAAGAAGAACUGAAGGAACUCAGGAAGGCGGCGCGAAAGAAGGCGGCCGCUCAGAAGAUGAAGAAGGCGUCGAAGGAAUCCAAAAAGCCCCGGAAGCCUCCCACGAAGCGGACAGCCAAGAAACCAAAAAUUACCAACGGCCUCACGACUGAGCUUACUCUCCGCCCUGCUGUCAACGGAAAUCGGCCAAUAUCGAAGUUCAAAAAACCGCGCACAAGGCCAAGUGAUUUUGCUGAGGAGGAUGGCCUUUACGCUGAGGUUUUCGCCCGAGGUCACACUACUGAUGCUGUUGCUGCAGAGUGGCUUACGAAGUACGAGCAGCACAAUAUCAAAGGGAUGACCGAUUUGGUUAAUUUUAUCCUGAGAUGUACUGGAACUGAUUUGAAAGUGGACGACCACGAUAUUGAAGACGUUGAUAAUGUUGCGAGUCGAUUGAAUGACCUCCAAGAAGAAUACCAAGCACAGAACAUUACGGAAUACUCCCUCAUUUCGAAAUCCAAAAAAUUCAAGUCUUUCCAGUACACCCUUACCAGCUUCUUCAGUUCUCUCAUCCGAACUAUCCACAGCUCAUCAGUCCUGUACAGCGACUCUGCCCUUGUCGAAAACAUCCAAGUAUGGGUAACGUCAAUGUCGUCCGCCCCUAUUCGGCCUUUUAGACAUACCGCCACGAUAAUUUCUCUAGCAAUUGUGACGACGUUGUGCAAUGUUGCCAGAGAGGUCUCUCUAACUGUAUCGAAUACUCGGAAGCAAUUGGAUACGGAGAAGAGGAAAAAAUCGGUGAAUAAAGGCAGAGCCGAUGCCAUACAAUCAAAGGUUCAAGAAGGAGAGAAGAAGCUACAAGCGAUUGAUAGCUACCUUGGCGACUCCUUUGACACUGUAUUCGUGCAUCGUUACAGAGAUGUCGAUCCGAAAAUUCGCGCCGAGUGCGUCAACGCACUUGGCGUGUGGAUUAAUACUUAUAGAGAAAUGUUCUUCGACGGUCAAUAUCUGCGCUAUUUGGGCUGGGUCCUUUCAGAUACCGUCUCUCAUACUAGAUCUGCUGUGGUGAAACAACUCCAUCGACUUUACCAGAAUAAAGAUAACAUUGCCGGGCUCCGUGCAUUUACUGAACGAUUUCGUCCACGCAUUGUGGAGAUGGCUGCUAGAGAUGCUGAACCAGGUGUCCGCGCCGACGUUGUGGAGCUGUUGGAUUUGAUUCGAGAGGCUGGACUGCUUGAACCAGAUGAUAUCGACAGCGUUGGGCGUCUUGUAUUCGAUAGCGUACCCCGUGUGCGCAAAGCGGCUGGCAGAUUCUUCGUUGAGAAUAUCCAGGACGUCUAUGAUGCUCUUACAGAGAGUUUAGAGGAAGAACUACACGAAACAUUUAUGGAAGACGAUGGCGAAGACAAUUUCGAAACGCCUCGCCCAUCUUGGAUAAAAUACAAAUGUUUAGUGGACGUACUACAGGUGUAUGAUGGCCAAGUAUCGGAGGUUCCAGCUGACCAAGAUCUUUCCAUCUCACGGACAAGUUUUACUGGUCGCGUCGAUUCGAGAUUUGUGCUCGCGACGGAAGCUAUAUAUUCCCAUUUCGAAGAGCUCCAACAAUGGGAACAUUUGGCUGGGUAUCUCCUCUACGACCAUUCACAAAUCCCAGAGACUUCGACUGACGACGAUUCUGCCACUACUAUGAAACAGCUAUACAAACUAAGUGAAGGCCAGGAAGGGAUCUUGCUGGAGGUUUUAAGCUGUGCAGUGAAACUUCAUAUCAUGGACGUCGCCAAAUCCGAUACAGACAAGAAGGGCAGGAAGACUAAGCUGUUGGUAGAAAGGAUGGAGGAGCGGCAAGAAUCUAUUGCUCACAGUCUAUCUCAGAUAAUCCCCCAACUGCUAAAUAAGUUUGGAUCAACACCUGAGGCCGCUUCUGCUAUUUUGAAGUUAGAGCAUUUGGUCGAUCUCAACUUGAUCCAGGAUCUUCAGAAGGAUGCGGCUGCAUAUUCGGAUCUCAUUGGCAAUAUUAACAAACAAUUCUUGACGCACUCGCAACAAUCUGUCCUUGCUGAGGCCACAAUAGCCUUCUUACAUGCGCGCACUUCUGACGAACUCAGAGAAGCCAUGGAAUCGAAGGUGCAAGAGCUCUGGGAUGAUACCAUUGAAGUCUUGCGCACGCUAUCUGUAACCAAAGGCAAGGAGGAAUUACCCUCUCUCUCCGCCAGUGUUCUUACCGCUCUGUCUAAUACCGUGAUGCGGAUUUCAAACCUCGCAAGUGUAUCUGACUGCAGUUCCAUUUUGGAAUCUGAACCUCGUGCUCCGUCUAAAAAGCAAAAACUGUCAACGGAACCACCUAUUGAUAUUAUUCUCAACUUGAGCAAACGGGGUCUCCGGGCAGAGGACUCCGAUGAGGAGAUUGAGAGGUUGGAAUUCGAUCUUGUGACCAACAGCUUUAAAACCCUUCUUAUCUAUUUUAUGUGGAAGGUACGUUUCAUAAGAACUGCACUGGCAUCAGGUGAUUCAUCCAUUGAUACCGAUUUUUGCGAUUCACUUUCUGCUCGUCGAGAUGCCUUUGUGGCGAUCCUUACUUCUACAAUCCAAGGACGUUCGGGGCUUGAUGAACUUAGAGUAUCUGCUACGUUUACCCUCCUUGACCUCCAAACGGUGUUUGGAACGCUUCGUACUUCCGGGUCAAGAGUUCAGGGCAAAAAGAACACCGUUCCGUCACUGAAUGAUGAAGUUAUUCUCCAAAUCCAAAGCCUAACGCAAGAAAUCGUCCCUGAAACCCAAGCUCUCAUUUCCCGUUUGCACGACAAAGUGGAACGGACAUUCGCUAAAAAGUCUCGACGGAAGCUGGAAGUCGCUGAAAUAGCAGACGAUGACGAGCCCAUGGACUCGUCGUCGGAUAACAAUACCAGUCCAUCAGGUGGUGAUGACGAUGAAGACGAGGCUGAUGAGGAAAUACGGGAAAUAUUAGCUGCCCACAGAGUUCGGAAUGUGCUGUUGGCUGAGCAGAAAUUAUGCCAACUCACGGGCAAGAUGGUCCUUGCUAUCGUUGGCGGUGUACUUGAUGUUUCAGGGCGUCAAGGUGGGAAGUUAAAACAGAAGCUAUUGCGGAACAAGAAUCGCCUCGGGCAGAAUUAUAAGGAAGUUGUGGCAUUUCUUGAUGUUGGAAAAGCUGGUGGGAAGAGAGUAGCUUCGGCUACGGACAAUAUGAGACUGCAAACCGAACAGAUAGAAAUUAACGGCUCUGGACCUUCUGGGGCUCGAUUGAAGAAAAUUAAUGGGAAGAUGAAAUUAACGGAGACGGCUGAAGAUCACGAUGGUGACGAAGACGAGAUGGCACGGGUAGAGGAAGAUGAAGAAGGCGACUUAGUGGCACGAGAGCUAAUCGAUGAUGAAGAGGAUAGGCUUGGUAUGGGAGAAGCUGAUCAGGAUUUGGAGCCGACCCCCGCCCCUGACGAAAUUGAUGAUGACGUGAUGGGAGAUUAA